UGCAAAUAUUAACGACUGUAGUGACAAUAGCAUUGCUAACGUAACAUUAUUUUUCGAAUGCACUUAUUUCGGCAAGUUGUUCGUCAAGUUGUUUGACUCGCAUUUUUUUGCAAAGGUGUCUGAGGGAUAGAGCAUUUGGACAUGCCACUACAAACCUAGGGGCAAUGAAUGUCUGGUGUCAUUUCCUAUGCUUGUGCUAUGGGAUGUAAACAAACCAUACUAUGGGUGUUGUACUAAUUUUGUUUCUAUAAUGAAGUGUGGAUACUAUUUAUACAUCAGAAAUAUAAGAGGCAUUUUCUUAAUGCUAUUUGUUCUGGCAUAAAGGACACACAGCAAGAAAUUGUCAAUUAGGAAAUAUCAAAUAUUAUUCGCAGAGGGCACACAAACUUGCUCGGAACAAUGGAAAUCCUGUGUACCUUCAUAUAAAAGAAACUGUUUACGGAAUCUUUACUUGAUACAAAUCAAUAGAAGACAAAUUGUGCCAAAAUUUAUCAGGGCAACAGACCAAAUAGAUCAUUGUAUUCAAGAAACAUGUUUUAUGUAGCCACAAGCCAAGAAAGGAAAGAUUUCUUGACAUCAGACAUCAAUGUGUUUAAUCAAACCCAGGUUUGAAGCAUGAGAUUUGAGAGAGUUUUCAAGUUCUUCGGCAGUUUGAGUUUCAUUGACGACAUAUUCAGGUCUUGGACUAUUAUGGUGUUCUCCAAAUGUUAGUAAACCAUUACUAGACAAAUAUGGAUAACAAGCAUUAGAUAAAGGCAAUCGUUGAAUAGUCAGUGAUUAGAAACAUUCAACAUUCAAGUCUAUAUUUACUUAAUUAGCCUUACAGCCAUUUUUCUAAAAUUUGAAAUAAAUGUGUUGUGUUGCCAUGGCGAUGCGAAUAACCACAAACUUGAACCCAGCGCAAGGAAUACAGGAGACCAAUCAGCCCAAAGACUUAGAUGCUAGUGAGUCCCAGCGUCUAGAGAGAAUACAAGCUGCUAAACGCAUACGGAGGAGCAAAUCUGCUCCGAGUAGUGCACGAUCAGGCUCGGUGACGGUGACCACACCUCCAGAAGAGGAGACCACCUCAACAUGCCUUCCAAACAUCUUCAAAAUGCAACAGAAGUCGGAUAAACAUAAAGACAAGGACAAAGACGAAACAUGUGCUGAUUUCCCGUCUCCUGUGUCAGACCCACCGCCCUAUGAAUCUGUUGGACAUGAUCAGAGUGACAAUGCCCAUGGCGGAGUUGCAAACUACAAAAGUUACCAAGAGAGUGGAAAUGACCUCAGGGAUGAAUCAACGGCUCCAUUGCUGGGAAACUGCGAACAACCAAGACAGUCCUUCCCAAAACUCACCGAAGAUGACCACUUGCAUCCACAUGAUGGGAUGGGUCAGCAGAAUCAGGACUACCAAGCGUGUGAACGUGUUGUGAUCAAUGUCAGUGGGCUGAGGUUUGAAACCCAGCUUAAAACACUUAAUCAGUUUCCGGAGACAUUGCUUGGGUGUCCCAACAAAAGGAACAGGUAUUAUGAUCCACUUCGAAAUGAGUACUUUUUUGACAGAAACAGACCCUGUUUUGAUGCCAUAUUAUAUUAUUACCAGAGUGGUGGACGGUUACGGAGACCAGUGAAUGUUCCAUUGGAUGUUUUUGCAGAAGAGAUCAAAUUCUAUGAAUUAGGUCUAGCAGCAAUUGAAAAAUACAGAGAAGAUGAAGGAUUUAUUAAGGAAGAAGAAAAACCCCUUCCCCAAAAUGAAUUUCAAAGAAGGGUCUGGUUAUUAUUUGAAUACCCAGAAAGCUCAACAGCUGCAAGAAUCAUUGCCAUUUUCUCUGUGCUAAUUAUUUUACUCUCUAUUGUGAUAUUUUGCUUGGAAACUUUGCCUGAAUUCAAGCAUUACAGAGUUGUGAAUGAAACCAUAAAUGGCACAGGCAAUAUUGAAGAAGAUGACAUACCGAAAUUCAAUGAACCAUUCUUCAUUAUUGAAACAUGUUGUAUUAUUUGGUUCACAUCAGAACUUAUGGUAAGGUAUGCAUCAUGCCCAGAGAAAUUAGGAUUCUUUAAAAACAUUAUGAACCUUAUUGAUAUUGUUGCAAUCAUUCCAUAUUUUAUCACACUUGGGACUGUCAUAGCAGAUGAAAGCAAAAGUAACAACCAGGCGAUGUCCCUAGCUAUACUAAGGGUGAUAAGACUGGUUCGUGUCUUUCGAAUUUUCAAGUUAUCAAGACAUUCAAAGGGACUUCAGAUUCUGGGUCAGACGCUUAAAGCCAGUAUGCGAGAACUUGGAUUGCUCAUAUUUUUCUUAUUUAUCGGUGUUAUAUUAUUUUCUAGUGCAGUUUACUUUGCUGAAGCUGAUGCAGAGGCAUCACAUUUCAAAAGUAUACCGGAUGCAUUUUGGUGGGCUGUUGUGACUAUGACCACCGUUGGGUAUGGUGACAUGAGGCCCAUAGGUGUUUGGGGAAAGCUAGUUGGCUCCUUAUGUGCCAUCGCUGGUGUGUUGACAAUCGCUUUGCCUGUGCCUGUUAUUGUUUCCAAUUUUAACUAUUUUUACCAUCGAGAGACUGAGUACGAUGAUCGACAGUCAUACCAACAUGUUCAGUCAUGCCCUGAUUACCCUCAGAAGAAAGACUCGUUACUCUCAGAUAGUGGUUCCGAUGUGCUAGAAAUGGGGGAGGGCGGAAGCAACUACAAUAUUAUGGACAAGGCAAAUGAAAAUCACACUAACAAAAAUAAUAAUCCAUCAAGUGUGAACAACCUUAGUAUUGAAACAGAUGUAUAAUGAGAAUCAAUUCAUCAAAUAUUCAUGGAAGCCACAUUAUUAUGUAGAAAUUUCAAGUCCCAUAACAACAUGUUGAGACUGGAACUCUAUGGAGAAUAUUUAAUAUGAGAGUGAUAUUGUUCAGUGAAAUGUAAAAUGCAAGGAACAGUCGUUUGCAGGCAUAUUGUUUGCAAAGAAUGAAUUACACUAAACCUUCCCUUUAACACUUUCCAGUCACUGGAGCAUCUUAUAUUUAUCCUUAUCAAAUCGAGUGUUACCAAUUUUUUUACAGUUUUUAACAUAAUGUACGUGUGUUGUUCCAUUACUGAACAUGACAUGCUGUGAUAAAUUGUAUAUAUAAUAUUGAUGUACAGUUACAUAAAACAAAUCAGUUUUUUUUCCAAUCCGUGUCUUUCUGCUGUCGACCUUACCCUGCAUCUGAAUCUUCUACGAAGAGGAUUGAAAUUGUGAUUAGCUUACAAUAUAGUUCAAAUGAGUGACCACUUACAGUGGUUCAUAUUCUCCAAAUAAAAGAUCUAUGAAUGAGUUAUAUUGGCAUGCCUGCAAUAUUUGAAUGCAUUUUGUCCUCUCCACAAGAUGGUUUCUACCUCAUGAAUGCAAAAAAAUGGUUUAUGUUGCUGUUGGGCCAUGCUUAUAUCAGUCUGUAAAUAAGUGCUUGAAACAAAACAAUGAAAUCUGUUCAUCUAAACACAAGAAAACACAUAGAGAAUGCUAUGGUACAAACUGAUCAAAGACUCAAAAUUGAAUGUGCUUGAACAAAAAAUCAAGAAAACACUUAGAGAAAUGUUAUUAUAGAAACAAAUAGAAGACUUAAUGUGCUUGAAAAAAAAGGAAAUGUGUUCAUUUAAACACAAGAGACACCUAGAUAAAUGUUCUGGUUCAAGCCAAUCAAAGAUUAAAUGUGAUUGAAACACACAAGAAACGCCUAGAGAAAUGUUAUGGAUCAAGCCAAUCAAAGAUUAAAUUAUGUGAUUGAAACAAAAUUGGAACACAAGAAAACACCUAGAGAAAUUUUAUGGUUUAAGCCAAUUAAAGAUUAUAUGUGAUUGAAACGGAAAAUUAGAUCACAAGAAAACACCUAGAGAAAUGUUAUGAAACAAACCAAUCAAAGACAAUAGAGAUGUUUUAUUGAAAUCAACGCAGACUCACUUCAAGAGAAACAGUUGCUUACGCCCCUCCAUGAAUUCCAUAGGAAUAGAUGCCAUGCAUAAUCUCCUGAGAUGAAAAUGUUUUCCUCAUGAACUAUUGCUCAUAUUCGAUUAGAGAGUGGUCAGACUGGGGAUGAAGGGGAGAUUUGACUCCUGGUACCAGUAUACACGUAGGGGCGCCUUACACUAAAAGAUGGGACCCCAACCUACCCACUGCUAGAUCGACCAGGAAUGACCUUGAACUCCUUUAGUGAAAACCUUCCCACCAGAAAAUAAUGUGUACAUAUAAGCAUGGAUGCAUAUUAGGAUAUUGCGGUUAAGCCUUGAAUAUUGACACUUGCCGACAAUGCUUACGAAGUCCCUGCAGGUCCUAAAGAUGGAUUAACAUUGAUUGGAUUGCGUCUGCUACUCCCAUUAUCUGACCAAGGAGUUUUUCGAUGAUGAUGUGCAUGUGUCUGACUGGGUGUUAUGUUGCUAUGGAAAACGUGUACAAAACAGUCACAUGGUCUUAUAUUGUUCUAUGUCCAAAGCAGAUGUUAAUGUUGCCUGCAGUGGAAAGGACAACCUAUAGGGAUUAUAUUGUCUGGCGGUGUCAGCCACAGUGUUAGACUUUCAUAUCCACUUUCUAACUUAUAUAUUUGUGAUCCAACCUUUAUCAAACUUAGUCACAAUGUUUAUUGGCAUAAUGGCAAAAAACAGCCAGAUCCAGAGCACUAUAAUUAUGUCUCUUGUCGGCAUUUUGGCCAAUUUCAAAAUGUCUGCUUUCUAACUUAAACGUUUCUCAUCCAAUCCUACCAAAUAUGAUCACACUAAUUUACAUAAUUUUAUUAACAUUAUACAUGUAUGUUUAAACUAAACUUCAUCAUUAAUGAAAUAAUGGUUUUCCAUUCCAUACAGGCAACAUAUUCAUUUUGCAUAAAUUUAGUUCACAUGCUUCUCUAAGCUUGUACACGAAUAUGUCAUGGACACUGUACCAUGAAGCUGUUUUUUAGUAAAAUCUACAAGUAGUUCUACUAAUAAAAUUCACAGUUUGCAUUAUAUUUCGUUUCUCACGUUGCACAAGUUUUGUCAUUCAGUGAAAACCCUAGCACAAUUGGUAAAUAUUCCAUACUGUUGUCAUUCAAUAUCAAUGCAAGUUUGUUCUUAUUGUGUCCAGCCUUUUUGUAUCAUCCAGAACAAAUUAUGUAUUAUAACAUACUGUUUAUAAGUUUGAAGUGUACAUCUGUGUGUAUGAAUCACCAUAUUAUAAUAUUCAAGUUUGUAUGUUAAUGAUGUUACAACAUUUUUUUACAUAUAUACGGUAAUAAGAUGUUACGAGCAAAAAGAGUUCAGACCUAAAUUGCUAGAAAAAAAAAAAAUUAAAAAAAUGUAAAUGAUAUUAUGAUAUGUUGAACAAAAGGUCUGAUCUUUUAACAUUUUAAUGAGUCUUAGGUGAUGAUAUUUUACUUGAAUAGUAUUCAAGACUUUAUUUAUGAAUAAUAUUCAAACUUUUAUUGAUGAAUAUAUAAUUCUUAUGAUAUAUUUUUUCUUGUACACAUAUAUACUGCACUAAAGCACCAGUUUGCAUUGAAUAUAUGGAUUUUAGUGUAUUUAAUAAAUAAAAAUUGUUUUACGUUAUGAUAAUUAUUGAUAUUGUUAGAAUUUAUUACCUUGAAAAAUGCUCAAUGAUAAUUUUUCUCUUUGAAUUAUACUUAUAAAUGAGGGCUGAUGGCUAGAUAGUAGAUUCUAUUGUAGUCUUAAUUAAAUGCUACUUAGAACUACAUGUUUCUAGCCCUCAAAAUGUUGAUUGUUUUUUUGAUAAAGUGUCACCAUAGUAACCUUCACAACAGCUCUGUAAUUGGUCUCUUAAAAUAGUAAGACUGCAGUCUUUAGAACGCAAGGUAACAUUCUUUUCUUAUUUUCAAGAUCGUAAGUGUGUUGUUUUUUCUAAAAUUAUUAUCCAACUUAAAAUUGUCGGAGAAUUUUUGUAUUAAAUGGAGUGGUACUCAAUAUAGUUGAAGUAAUCUAGUAUACUUAAUUUAACUUGUUUAUCUAUCCACUUAAAUUGACGAACAUGUACAAAGCGAGAAUCAAAACAUGUUGUUUUUUUACGUAUGACAAAGACUCCUUAAAUUGACAAACUCAAAUUCAAUUAUAAUUUUAAUGGAUUUUGAACUUAUUUGCCAUUAAUAUUACCAUAAUCUUUACACUGAAGAAAUAUGUCCAUGCAUUCAUGCAAUUUGAGAUGUUAAAAAGCUGGCUUCAUCUAUCAAUUAUUAAUUUGAAAGGCCUAUAUUAAGACCUAAUGCAUAUAUAAUAGUUAAUUUAAUCAAACUACUUGUAUAUUGCCAUGAAAAGCUACAAAUAGUGUGUACAAAAAGAUGGGUAUUGUUGGUAGGAGCCAUUCCAUCAAAAGUCCUAGGAGCAGUUUUGUACAUAGGAGAGAUUGUGUAGAUGUUCAAAGGUAGUACUGCACUGUCAAAAUUUCUCCUAAUGCACUGUUGAAAAUCUCUCUUAGUGCACUGUUUAAAAUAUCUCCUACUGCACUGUUGAACAUCUCUCUUAGUUCACUGUUGAAAAUCUCUCCUACUUCACUGUUUGAAAUCUCUCAUAGUAGAACUAUUACUGCAGUGUUGAAAAUCUGUCCUAGUGUACUGUUGAAAAUCUCUCCUAGUUGUACUUAACUGUUGAAUAUCUACUUCUGAACUGUUGAAAAUAUCUGCUUGUAGUACUGCACUAUUAAAAGAAUAUUUCCGUCUGCAUUGUUGAAACUCUUUCCUAGUGCAGAGAUGAAAGUCUCUCCUAGUUCACUUUUGAAAAUUUCUACUACUUGUAUUUAACUGUUGAAAAUCUCUUCUAGUGCAUUGUUGAAAAUCUCUCCUAGUACUACUGUACUGUCAAAAAUAUCUCCUACUGCACUGUUGAAAAUCUCUCCUACUGAAUCGUUGAUAAUCUCUCCUAGUAGUACUGCUCUUUUGAAAAUCUCUCCUAGUUGUACUGCUCUAUUGAAAAUAACACCCAAGGAGAAACUGCUGCUACAUGUAGAAUUCAUGAUGAAACAGACCCCUGCUCAUCAACUUACGAUAAAGAGAUUUUUACUUUAAUAAGAGUCAUGUUUUUUUAAUUGCAUAAUUAUUUGAAAGAAUAAUAUGUAUUUUGUUUUGAAUUUUUAAAAAUAAAUUAACUUGAUCAAUUAUUCAAUGCACUUGUUUUCAAUUUUAAACCUGUUAAAUAUCUCUUGUAGAAAAUGGUUUGUCUAGACUACAGUGUGCGCAUGUGUGUGUGUCUUUCACUGACUGAAGAACAUAUAUUUUGCAUGACCUAAUCUAUUAUUUCAUUGCAACUCAUUUUGCAUUUUUAUGUCAUUAUUGCAUUCAACGCCAAUUGCAGAUCAUUUUAGAGUUUACUCUAAAACAGUUUAUCCUUGAACAGGAUUAGAUUAUUGAAUUUUAAAUAUUCAUCACACUCACGGUCUCUGUAUAAUAAUCAAUAUACUCCUAGUUGGUUUGAUAUUAUCUUAAACAUUGAAUCUCAUCAUGUUUUAUUUUGUUUCUGUCUCUAUAAUCAUAAUUUUUCUUUACUUUAGUAUUAUACUGUAUAUUGGUUUAAAUGUGCGAGGUAUUUUUUUCGCUACCCUUGUAAUUUGACCCAAUUUAUGAGAUUUAGAAUCUGCAUUUAAACCUCUAUACCGCUUGAAAUAUGCGAGGUCCUUUUUAUUAGCAAUUCUUGUGAUUUUACCAUUUUACAAGAUCAAAUGUCCACAGUCAUCUAUUUUACUUUAAAUAUGCAGUCCUUUUUUCGAAAUUCUAGUCUUUUGACCAAUUUGUAAGAUAUAGUGUCUGCAGGCCUCUGAUAAUAUAAAUUACUUCUGGACAUGUUUUUAUAAAUAUCAUUGAGCAAAAUUUUGAAUUUGUGAUGAAAUGUAAUUGCAAAUGUAAUCGAAAAUAAAGUCUCACAACAUUAAUGCACUCUGCAGUAUUUUUUAGUUAUUGACUUCUCCUUAGGCCAAACAAAAAUUGUUCGUUUUUAAUUUCACUUCCAAAAAUAAUAUGGGUGGAAGGUCAGCAUUUUAAAGUAAUUUUUAGGUAAAACUGUGUCUUUAUGUCUCUAAAAUGUCGCCCUUUUGUAACGGUCUCUAAAAAUAUGUCCGAUGGCAAUGAAAAAAAUAAAGGUUGGAAUCAGUCGGAAAACUGGAAACAAACAUAUUUCUGUUUCGCCUUAUGACAUCAUUUUUGUUGUUGAAUUAUUUUUCAUUGUUUAUGUUAUUAGAAAAACUAACAAGUAUGUAAUGUAUAAUGAAAUACUCUCACAGUUGUUUUAAAAGGGUAUAGAAUUUUGCCAGUAUAUAUAUUAGAGUCUCGAUCAUUUUAAAGUAGCGUGCUAUAUUGUGUUAACGCCAAGACAAAUCAUGGAUGGUUGUUUUACUUGUUUAUACCAUUGUUUUUUGUUUUGUUUUAUUCAUUGUAAUCAAAGGUUUGUUUUACAAAUUCAAUCAAAAUGUAUAUACAUUUGUAAUCAUUAUAAUAUUUUUGAGUUUUUAAUUAUUUUAUUUUGUUAAUCAAUAGUUGGCAAUUAUUAGCUCUUUUUGUUACAAGAUUUAUAUUUAUUUUGUCUCAGUUUUUAUAUUAACUGCAUUCUUUCUGGUAAAAUAUAGCCUCAAUUAUGUUAGGACAACAAAGAUACUGUUCAUUUGAUAGGUAUCAUAAAUGACCCCCUCGUUUUAUUAAAUUGGUAGAACGACCCCUCAUGUAAAGAGAUAUGUAUUAUAUGCAAAAUUUUGGAUAAAAUGAAAUUACAUUCUAAAUCUUGACCUGACUUAAACAACCAUUUGACCUCAUUAUUCAGACAGCAAUAGCUCCGCAUUAGAACUUCCAGAUCCUUCCAGAUCCGGCUUUUUACUUAAAUACAAUAAUCACCUUUGAUUUCACUUAACAAGUAUAGCUAAAGUGUUUUGAUUGGACAGUAAAAUUAUUUGUCCAAUGAACUGCAUGUAAUCACUCAGAUGCAUGCCUGAUGGGAUAAGGAUAGUAAUUAUACUGAAUAUGGCCUUAGAUUUGUUUUACGUCAAUACAAUAAUCUUGUAAUUCUAUUUCUUAGUGCAAAAAGAGUAUUCAUUGAAUUCCAAUUAUAAUACAUUAAGCUGAAACUUUGUACAUUUCUUAUGUAUUUGUUUUGUUGCAUUUAUUUGGUUUCAAUUCAUUUUGAAAUUUAUCCUCGUUCAUUUAGCAUUGACAAUUAAUCUUUAGUUUGUCCAUUGUUUUGGCAUUUGUGAAUCACAUUUACAGUAUUUAACAUCUUAUAAUUUAUUAUUAUUUAUUAGCUUUUGGUUGUAUAAGUAUUCAUUAUUUUGUAUGUACAAUCCAUCAAAUUUUUAUAUACUACAUGUUUCUGAUUAGAUGACAAAAUCACUUCUUAAUCUGAUAUUUCCUUUACUUUGCCAUCUUGCCUUGUGUAUAAGAGGUAUGGUAUCUGCUACUAAAUCAUGUGAAUUUUGAAUUCCUGGUGACCACAUAUUAUUUUUGGUACAUAUUAUUUACAUGUACAGAAAGAAUGCUGUAAUAAGUACACUGAAAAUAUUUCUACAAACAGGUUUUUUGGGGGGUUUUGAAAUAUGGCGAUAUGGGUCAUUUAACAUUUGAAUCCAGAAAAGAAGGACAAAUGUACAAACUACAUUAACUUAUUUAUAAUGUAUUCUUAAACAUUUGCAUUCAGCAUUCAAUAUCCUUUCAAAUUAUAUCAAAGUUAUAUGGGGUCAUCAGACAUUACAUUUGAAGGGACUAGACAUGAGAUUAUUUUACAUGAUUUAAACAAUAUUUUGUCACUGUCUCAGCUGAGUUUACCUGUUUAAAAGUAGCACAUAAUGGUUUCCCAGUAUAUAGUGUGUAAAUUUAGCAUGUGAAAGUCACGUGAUUAAAACAGAUAAAAAUACAUGGUAGACAGACCACCUAAAUUUCGAAUUUGAAAAGUAUGCAAAAGCCGCGAAAGAUACAUGUGUCUUAAGUAAUGUGAUACAUCAGUAAGAAAGAAUUAAUGCUGUUGGAUGCAACGAUAUUGAUUUUAUGUAAAAAAAAAUACUAUUUUCAUUUGUUCUUGCAAUGUUCUUAUCUGGUGUCUAGUCCAUUUAACAUGGCUUGAUAAAAUGACAAGCUUACAUGUACAUCAGAUGCCUUAAAAUCUUCUAUAAUUUAGAGUAUUUCAGUCCAUUUUGUUCAUACUGGUAACUAGGAGUUAUGAAUUUGUUCAUCGUCUGGAAUUUAAUCAAUUUUAAUAUGAACAAGAAAACUGUUUGUUAAUUGCCUUGAACGUACAGCCUAUAACAGAUCUUUGACUGGUUGUUCCUUAUUUCUAAUGAAUUAAUAACGAAUUUGAAACAAAACCCAGCAAGUAUGCUACAAAUACAUGUUGUAAAUCCCAUUAUCAUGAAAACUUUUUGAUUGAUGAUGGGUACUCAUUUUGUGGAAAGCUCCUUGGGGGUGCUAGUUGGCAACCCCCAUCAAUUAUGUAGGGGCACAUGUUUUAAUGCACCGCAUGGUGCCACUAUAUGGCGAUACUUUCAUACAUAAUAUAUAACUUACCCUCUUCUCGUUAUGUUCUAUCAUACACAGCUCUCGGAGUGCUAUUGUCGACUUCUAAAUAUUUCUUGAAAAUUAAUAGGCAGAAAAUGACUUGUUUCACGUGUAUGGUUCUCUCUGUUAAUUACAUGUUGCACUUGUGGUAGAGUUUAUGAAAGUUGUUUUCUAUUCGUUUGUGAGGCAUAUGGUCUGAGAUCUACAUUACAGUCUUGUUAUUUCGUUAUAUAUUUAUUCACAACUCAUUGUAUUUAAAUAUAUGAUUUUGAUUGUGAAAUCCUGAUUAAAACAUGGUUUACCUUG